UUUGCGAACCAUCCCAGCAACUACGUUCACACAACUCGCAUCCGCUUGGCAUCCCAAUCUCUGUAAGUAAUGCACUGUGCAUCUCUCACGACCGAUUGGGCGAGGCUUCUAUUUUUUGGUUGUAGUUAUGGAGACGGUGUCGCAGCCAUGGCGCACCUCACUCUCCUUCUCUGCCUCAAUUCCAUAUACAUCCGUAAUGGGUUUCCGAAUUCAGAAAUAUUAUGCUUAUUCCUGGAAAAAACCUGUGAGGCUGCCGCAAAUUUGUUGUCAUUCUUCGACCAGAGUGGAUGGAUCUCAGAAAGUAAGACCUCCUCCCAGUGAUUAUGAUUUUCGGGCUGAAACGAGCGAUGGGACUCAGGAGAUGGUUCAAAGGCUGUAUCCAGAGUUGAUGGACUUGGUAGAGGAUGGCACACUAGUAAUUGUGAAGCGACCUCCGGAUUAUGUUGAGCGUCGCAGUGAUGGUUAUGUGGAGCCUGAGGUGGUUUAUAUUGUGGGCACGGCUCACAUGUCCAAGCUCUCCGCCAACCAGGUUACGAGAGUUAUCAAUGCUGUGCAGCCUGAAAAUGUUGUAAUCGAGCUUUGCAGAAGCAGGGCAGGUAUUAUGUACGAUGAGGCUCAAACAUCUGACGUGAAGCAAGGUUCCAAAAAUUUGAUGUCCAUGAGCGGUGACAAUUUUGGAUCAGCAGUGGGCCGCAGCCUCAAACUUGGUGGACGAUCUGCUCUAGCACUUCGCUUGCUAUUGGCCGGUGUUUCCAAACGUCUCUCAGCUUCUGCGGGAGUAGCCACGGGAGAAGAGUUUCGUGCAGCCAGGAAAGCAGCUGAAGCUUUAGGGGCACAAAUUGUGUUGGGAGACCGACCUAUUGAAAUCACGCUGCAAAGGGCAUGGAGAUCACUGAAGUGGGACGAGCGUUUACGAUUUGGAGCCACCCUGGUUCAAGGCAUGUCCGAUAAAAAUCUUAACGUUUCGGAAGAAAGUCUUCAGAUGCUGAAGUCGGAUGAUGCACUAUCAGCCAUGUUUGGAGAGCUAAGCAGUCGAUUUCCAUCCUUGAUGCAACCCCUGAUCCACGAGCGGGAUAUGUACCUCGCGUGGUCGUUGAAGCGAAGUAAGGCUGUGAAUGGAUGCAAGCGAGUCGUAGGAGUUGUUGGAAAAGGUCACUUGCGUGGGAUAGUGCAUGCCCUUAUCCAUGACCAAGAAAACCUACGCUUUAAAGACCUUGUUGGAUCUAGAGGAAUCGGGACAGAAAAUUCCAAGGGUGAGAAACUACGCAAGUUUGCCACGAACCUAGCGAUUGAGACAGUUAUUGGUCUCCUCACAUGGUGGGCAUGGGAAUCCUUCCAACAUCAUUGAGACUUUGUAAGUGGCAAUAUAAGCAGUUCCAACACCUUACUGUAAAUGAUCAUACUGUGCUAAAAUAUUACGCUAGUUGAUCCACACGAUUGUGUACGUCUCCUCUUGACUUGGUCGUUAGUUGUGGAUAUUACUUGCCACCAUUUCUUGAUGAGGUUUAGUCGUGUCAAGCCAUGUUAACAGCAACAGCUGUCUGCGUUUCCUAUAUCACUCAAGCAGGUUCAUAGGGAAGUUUUUUAUUAUUGUAGUUUUUCUUUUCCUGACGCAACUGAACUGUAGUACAGGAAUAUUUUCUAAUAAUGAAGAUUUGUUCUUUAUGAAAUUA